AUGAGCUCGCUGAAAGUCAGCGAUGUGAAGCAUGUGGCGCGGUUACAGAAAGAAGCUGGCCGUUGUAACUUAGUUAAAUUGCUAAAAUGGGAAGAUUUUGAUGAAGAAAAAGACUUAAAACCGGGUAUUCUUCUUGACUAUUUGUACAAUGCUAUUAUAUUUGCUGCUGGGAAAGGAUUUCCAUGGCCCAGCGUGGCUCUGGCAGCACAAUUUUCAGAGGAACUACUUUUCGAAACAGAAGGGAAAACUAUGCAAGAGGCCCUUCGUAAAUUGAGAAAUAAAUGCAACCAAUAUCAACAUAAACUGAAUCUUAGUCACCUCCAACAAUUAGUCAAUUAUUUCUUUGGAACAUUCUUCAGACAUUAUCGUCUCUAUCAAUUUGUACUGUGUGAAGCCAGAGAGAUUGAUCAAAUCACGCAUAACCUUGAAGUUCACAUACCGCCAGAUAUACCACCUCUGAAAGAUGGAAUAGAUACUGAGCUUUGGAAACAUCAGCGGUACAUGACUGAACUCAGUAUGGCUGAAGCUCAGUUGCAGGCUGAUAUGUCAGCUUUCCGUGAGAACAUGCAACUGAAAAAUGAACAAGAACUGGAGAAAUUUUAUGAAGAUCUCAAAUUUCAAGAUAAAGAAAUGAUUGAAAGAGCAAAUCUAGAAAAAGUUGUCAAGAAUGCCCAUGAUAUACAGAUAAUGGUAGCUUCUGAAAUUCUGCAAAAAGAGAUUGAAACAGCAUUUCAAAUCCUAGAUUUAAAAAUCCAGAAGACAGCCACAGCCCUUCCAGUUUCCAAAUCAUCUCGAUCCUUUACAAAGGAAAUGAAAACUAAAAGAAUGAGUAUUAAGAAAUAG